AUGGCUGCCAAGGUCCCCUCCAUCUUCCAGCAAGAGCCGCACCAUGGCUCUCUGUUUCUCAAGGUGUCCGCUGCUCUCGUGGCCUUGGGAUUGUUUCUGGCAGUGCGCUUCCUGUACAGGUAUCGCAAAGCCUUGAGGCAGUUCCCUGGUCCACCCGUCAAGUCCUUCUGGACAGGGAAUCUGGACCAAACCAUGGCAGACGAUAUCCACGAGAAGUGGCGCAGAUGGCACAUCCAAUACGGCUCCGUCUUCCAGACGUGGAAUGGCCCCUGGGACCGCACCAUCUACAUCGGCGAGCCUUCUCUCGUCUCCAAAAUCGCCAACCAGAACUGGCCCAAGGCACCGGCGCAGUACGAAGGCUUCAAGCCCUUGAGUGGAAAUGCCUUGUUCGCGCAGAUGGACCACACGAGGUGGCACAGACAGAGGAAAGCCCUAGCGCCCGCCUUCGGUCCUGCUGUCGUCAACGCGCAGUUCCCGAGCUUGAGAAAGUACCUCACCCAAUACGUCGACUUCCUCGACAACACGGCGUCAAGCGGCCAGGUCGUUGAUUUCUCUCUGCUGAAUGUCCUGCUUACCUUGGACUUUGUCGGUGAAGUCGCCUUCGGAAUUGACCUCCACGCCAUCGAACAAGGCGAGCAGUGCCGCGUCAUGCAAAUCUUCCAGACCGUGCUCCCAGAGCUGAUGAAGUGCGGUCUCUUCCCGCUCCGGGCGAAGAUGCCGGUGUUGAAGAGCACUCGCGAGAUGCACGCGGCCAUCGGCGAGCUUCGAUCCAUGGCCAACGGUGCGGUGCAGACUUGCCGGAAGAACGACACCCCAGACAGCAAACCAGCCAAACGCAUCUUCGAGAUCCUCGCCAAACAACGCGACAGCAACGGCCAAUACAUGUUCAACAUGAAAGAGCUCGUCGACAACUACGUCACCUUCCUCGUCGCCGGCGGCGACCCCACCGCCCACACCAUCACCUUUGCCAUCUACGAAGUGCUCCGGAACCCGACGGUGCUGGCCAAGCUCCGCGCCGAGCUCGACGCCGUCAUCCCCGCCGACUGCAUCACGCCGUCGCUCGAGCAGGUGAAGCUGCCGUACCUCAACCGCGUCAUCAAGGAGACGCUGCGCAUGCACGGGCCCGGCUUCGGUACCUUCAGGCACUGCGCGCGCGACACGGAAAUCGACGGCGUCGUGCUGCCCGCCAACACGACGCUCGCGCUGUGGAACCCGCAAGUGCAUCGCGACCCGAACGUGUGGGGCCCGACGGCGAACACGUUCAAUCCGGACCGGUGGGGGGACGACCGGGCGGCGCCGAAGCCUGGCUCGUACUUCCCGUUCUCGUACGGGCCGAGGAACUGUCUCGGCCAAGGACUCGCCAUGCUGCAGAUGUCGCUCGCGUUGGCGACGCUGUUCCGCCGGUACGACUUGUCGUUUGAGCCGGGGUUCGAGAUGGAGUUCCAGCCUAGUUUUACUUUGUGUGCUAAGAAUGGCUUGCGUGUUUGCGUUGCCCGUAGGGGAUGA